CUCUCACACUCUCUCCUGCUCUCCUCUUUCGUCGAGGUCUCGUCCCUCUCUCUCUCUCUCGUCUCUCUCUAACUACAAAAAUUUCAAAAUUCGCGUUUUCAACUAACUUUUUCAGUUGCAGAAUCUUCAAAAAUCCAUACUUUCACUCUUAAUUCGACCUCAGCAGAACAUGGGCGAAACUAGGGACGACGUCUACGACGAGGAGCUCGUCGAUUACGAAGAAGAGGAGGAGAAGGCACCCGACUCCGCAGCUAAAGUCAACGGAGAAGCCCCCAAAAAGGGUUAUGUUGGAAUUCACAGUUCAGGGUUCAGAGAUUUCCUUUUGAAGCCUGAACUUCUUCGUGCUAUUGUCGACUCUGGAUUUGAGCAUCCUUCUGAAGUGCAACAUGAAUGUAUUCCUCAAGCUAUCCUGGGGAUGGAUGUUAUAUGUCAGGCUAAAUCUGGGAUGGGAAAAACUGCUGUGUUUGUUCUAUCAACUUUACAACAGAUUGACCCUGUUGCAGGCCAAGUAUCUGCACUUGUCCUUUGCCAUACUAGAGAAUUAGCAUACCAGAUUUGUCAUGAAUUUGAGAGGUUCAGUACGUACCUGCCUGAUCUCAAGGUUGCUGUCUUCUAUGGUGGUGUCAGUAUCAAACUUCACAAAGAUUUACUGAAAAACGAAUGCCCGCACAUUGUUGUCGGAACUCCUGGAAGAAUACUAGCACUGGCAAGAGAUAAAGACCUGUCGUUGAAAAACGUGAGGCAUUUUAUUCUUGAUGAAUGUGACAAGAUGCUUGAAUCACUUGACAUGCGGAGAGAUGUGCAGGAGAUCUUCAAGAUGACGCCUCACGAUAAGCAAGUGAUGAUGUUUUCCGCAACACUCAGCAAAGACAUCCGCCCGGUUUGCAAGAAAUUUAUGCAAGAUCCUAUGGAAAUAUAUGUUGAUGAUGAAGCCAAGUUGACCUUGCAUGGUCUAGUGCAGCACUACAUCAAGUUAACUGAGGCAGAGAAGAACCGCAAGUUGAAUGACCUCCUUGAUGCAUUGGACUUCAAUCAAGUUGUUAUCUUCGUCAAAAGCGUUAGCAGAGCUGCUGAGCUGAACAAGUUACUUUCAGAGUGUAACUUUCCCUCUAUCUGCAUCCAUUCUGGAAUGAACCAAGAAGAAAGGUUGAAGCGGUACAAAGGAUUCAAGGAGGGUCAGAACAGGAUUCUUGUGGCAACUGAUUUAGUCGGUAGAGGAAUUGACAUCGAACGUGUUAACAUUGUUAUCAACUACGACAUGCCAGAUUCUGCUGACACUUAUUUACACAGGGUUGGCAGAGCUGGUAGGUUUGGCACCAAAGGUCUUGCAAUUACGUUUGUUUCAUCCGCAGCAGACUCUGAUGUUCUAAAUGAUGUUCAGGAAAGGUUUGAGGUUGAUAUAAAGGAGCUUCCUGAACAGAUUGACACUGCCACAUACAUGCCAUCUUAAUUGAAGUUUAUGUCAGUACGAAGGCAUAUUGAUGGUGGAGGCUGUUGCAAACCGUUCUGUUUUUUAUCAGACUGAUAUUGAACAAUUUGUUUUAUGGUAGAAGCUCAACGCUGUUGUAUUAAGUGUUUUUUGUGUUUUUUAACUGUGGGUGUCUAGAAUUUUGUGGUCCGCCAUGACCUGGUACCCGGCGCAAUACCAGGGCUUGGCUUUGCGUUUGAAAUUUUGGAAUUCAUUUGCAGUAUUAUGUAGUAAUGCAGUGUGGGUUAAAACAGAAAGUAUGAGACUCUAGGAGGGAGAAGAAAGAUUAGUAUUAUUUCAUGUCAGUAAUUGAAAUUUUACUAUCAAGAUUUGUACGAGGUGAAUUCUGAAUGCGUUUUUAUUCCUCAUAGUAAAUCUCAGAAAACUGUUUUUGACA